UGUCAACAGGUGGCAGAGGGAGAGGCUUUGUGACGCUCAGUCCUUCAGAGAAAAGGGGAGAAAGAAAGAGAGUAAAGGAGGAGAAAGUCAAAGAAAACUCUCAAGGCCAUGACUUCCAGUCUCCUGUGGCGGGCCCUGUGCCUGCUGGUGACGCUCUGCACUGUGUCACACUUCAGCUCCGCCACUCACCACCCCGGCCCCUCAGCUCCAGAGCAGGGGGUCACCUUCAGCCACGUCUAUAAAAUUGACAUCCCUGGGACUUCCAGUUGUAAACUUGAGAGCCUGCCAGCCCAGGACGAAACAGGUCUGCAGACUGAGACCACUUCUAAUGGGGAGAACGACAUCACCUUCAGACACAACAUCAGGCUGCAGACACCAAAGUGUGACUGUGAGGAUUCUGAAAGCUUCAAGUCACUUUUGUACAGAGUCAAUGGGCUGGAGGAAGAAGUCACCUACCUAAAGACCGCCUGUACCCAGGGAUGUUGUGGAGGUGGUGGAGCCGCAGGAGUGGACACAAGCUGUAGUGGGCAUGGUACCUACCAACCGGAGACCUGCAGCUGCCUCUGUAACCCAGGAUGGGAAGGCCCAGACUGCUCCGUGUCCUCCUGCCCUGACGAGUGCAAUGACAACGGUCGAUGUGUGGAUAGGAAGUGUGUGUGCCUUCAGGGCUACACAGGCGAGGACUGUAGCCAGCUGAUAUGUCCAGACGAUUGCAACGACAAAGGGCAAUGUGUGGAUGGCAAAUGUGUGUGUUUCCCACACUUCACCGGCGAGGAUUGCAGCGUCCAGAAGUGUCCCAACGACUGCAUUGGUAACGGCCAGUGUGUGGAUGGCCAGUGCAUCUGUGAAGAAGGCUUUUAUGGCGAAGACUGCUCAUUAGUCCUCGGCCCUCAGGGUCUGCGGCUGGUCCAGGUGACAGACGUCUCUCUCCUGGUUGAGUGGGAGUCAGUUCGCGGGGCAGAGUAUUACAUUCUGACAUAUCAUCCCAAAGAUGAUGAGAGUGCCCUGAAGCAAGUUAAGGUUCCCAACGCAGAGAACUCCCACCUUAUUACAGGGUUGAGUCCCGGGGUCACUUACAUUGUCCAAGUUUAUGCCGUCAUCAAAGAAAUCCAAAGUGAAGCAGACAAGGUCGAGGCUACCACAGAUGUCUCCACUGUUGAUGGUAUCAGAGUUCUUGGCCAGACAGAAGUCUCCAUCAAGGUGGACUGGAAGAACCCGCGUUCUGAGGUGGAUCACUUCAGGCUCACACACAUCAACCCAGCAGGACAGGAGGAGGAGCUUAACGUCAAGAGGAGCCAAGAGGCGCGCACCAAACACACUAUUGUCGGUCUGUUUCCAGGAACAGAGUACCAGAUAUCAGUGCAGGCCAUCAAAGGAACCUCUGAGGGAAAACCUUCCUCCGUCACGGGAGCCACAGACAUUGACUCUCCUACUAACUUGGUCACCACUGAAGUAACAGAGGACACGGCAACAGUGUCAUGGGAUCGUGUCCAGGCAGAAAUCGAGGGCUACAUGUUGAGCUACACCUCUGCUGAUGGCUCCAGCAGCGACAUCCCAGUAGGACGUGAGAGCACGUCGUACAGGCUGGUCGGCUUGAAGCCUGGAGUUCUCCACACCGUCUACAUCUGGGCCUUCAAGGGAGACAAAGUCAGCAAGAAGAGUUCAACAGAAGCUGAGACAGAGCUGGAUGCCCCUACUAACUUCUUGGCCCGAGAUGAAACUGAGUCCAGCUUCAGGGUGUCCUGGGAUCACACCAAGGCCGAAGUCGAUGGCUACAUGUUAAGCUACAGCUCCUCUGAGGGCUUGAGUGAGGAAAUCCCUGUCGGGUCUGAGAGUACUUCCUACGUGCUGACUGGCCUCAGACCUGGGGUCCUCUACACUGUCCACAUCUGGGCCAUCAAGGGGAGCAAACCCAGCAGGAAGAUAUCCACACAAGCGGAGACAGACCUGGAUGCUCCUGCUAACCUCUUAGCCCGAGAUGAGACAGAGUCCAGCUUCAGCGUGUCAUGGGAUCCAGUCCAGGCAGAAAUUGAUGGCUACAUCCUCACCUACAGCUCCUCUGAGGGCUCUAGUGAGGAAAUCCCAGUCGGGUCUGACAGCAGCUCUUACAGGCUGACUGGCCUGAGGCCUGGUGUCCUCUACACUGUCUACAUCUGGGCCAUCAAGGGGAGCAAAGCCAGCAAGAAAACCUCAACACAAGCUCAGACAGACCUGGAUGCUCCUGCUAACCUCUUAGCCCGAGAUGAGACAGAGUCCAGCUUCAGCGUGUCAUGGGAUCCAGUCCAGGCAGAAAUUGAUGGCUACAUCCUCACCUACAGCUCCUCUGAGGGCUCUAGUGAGGAAAUCCCAGUCGGGUCUGACAGCAGCUCUUACAGGCUGACUGGCCUGAGGCCUGGUGUCCUCUACACUCUCUACAUCUGGGCCAUCAAGGGGAGCAAAGCCAGCAGCAAGAUUUCAACCAAAGCUGAGACAGACAUUGAUGCCCCCAAGGACCUGAAGGCAACAGAUGUGUCGCUGGAGUCUGCCCUUAUGACCUGGGUUCCUCCUCUCGCUGACAUUGAGGGGUACAUCCUCACCUACAGAUAUGAGGAAGGCAACAUGGAGACGGUUGAAAAGCAGAUUGGGGCCAGCGAGAGCAGUUUUGCUUUAUCCAGUUUGGAGACGGGGAAGAAAUACAUCGUCACCAUCAUCGCCUACAGGGGGAGCAAGAGGAGCAAGGUGGUGGAGACCUUCUUCAAAACAGUUGGCCUCGUGAACCCCUUCCCUGUGGACUGCACCCAGGUCAUGAAGAAUGGCAAUAAGAAGAGUGGCAUAUACACGCUUUACCUUAACAACGACCGCUCCAAACCAUUUGAGGGUUUCUGCGACAUGGAGACUGACGGAGGCGGCUGGCUGGUGCUGCAGCGACGUAACACCGGCAAGCUGGACUUUAUGAAACGCUGGAAACAUUGCAUAGCCGGCUUUGGCAACUUGACAGAGGAGUUCUGGAUUGGUCUGGAUAAGAUAUAUGAGCUCACCAACACUCCGACUCAGUAUGAGCUGAGGAUUGAAUUGGGACUGGGCGCCGAGAGAGCCUAUGCUGUGUACGACGACUUUAAGAUUGCAACGGUCAAGCAGAAGUUCAGACUCACUAUCGGCAAAUACAGUGGGACAGCAGGUGACGCUAUGACCUACCACCAAGGCCGGCCCUGGACUACUAUAGAUAACGAUAAUGACAUCGCCCUUGGCAACUGUGCCCUCACCCACCGCGGCGCCUGGUGGUACAAGAACUGUCACCUGGCCAACCUCAACGGAAGAUGGGGAGACAGCAGGCACAGUUUGGGAGUGAACUGGGAGCCGUGGAAGGGCCACCUGGUGUCCCUGGACUUCACAGAGAUGAAGAUCCGACCUCUGGGAGCCAUGUCCAGCAGGAAGAGGCGAUCAUUGAUGGCCAGAGAGAAGAGCAGAGCCACAAACCCCCAAAAGAAGUAACAGUGCAUCUCCCACUAAAAGCACAACAGUCAUCACCAGUCCCAUUAACCCUGCAUCACGCUAGACUUGGGUGUUUCUGUACAUUUGUUCAUACUUAUGUCCGCACAUGCCUGUAUGUGUCUAAACUCUUGGACAAUAUGUACACACACUGAAAGAAAUUCGGAUAUGGAAUAAUAACUUAUUAUCUGUUUGUAUGCAAUGAGAUCAAUCAGAAAUUCCUAGGUUUAGUGUGUUUGUGGGAAAGACAAAUGCCUUGGUGUUGUUUUGAGUGAACUGAAUAUUGAACAAGUUUAUCAGUUAUACUGCAAUUGUUAUUCUUCCAAACUCCUGUUUCACUGAUUCUGGUACUAACUUCAAUUACGGAUCAGGAAACAGAAGAUUUAAGUUAAAUUGGGAGGUGAAAAAAACUAAUUUUCUUCAAUUCCUUCAUUAACUUUCUUUUUAACAGGCCUCCGGGCAGCAGCCCAGGUUAUUUGUAUUAUAUUUGUUUAUUUGAUGUCCUAUGAAGAUUUGAGUAGCAGCUUUUCUUGUGUAUAGUAGCACUGUCAUAACAACAUAAAUGUAAAAAA